ACAAAAAUAAAAGUACGAAAGUUCACUUUACUCUGUUUUGUUUCACGCGAUUAAGAAUCCGUAAGAACUUGCCAUUACGGACACAGGCGUAAAUUUAUUCCCUAAUCUCCAUCGUGUUGGAUGCAAAAGUGAAGAAGGCAACCAGCCUAUCGGAGAGCUAAGUUUCUAUUUUUGGGAUCUAUGUUUUUGAUCUGGUAAAAGAAAGCAAAUUUUCAUUUGUUUGUUUAUUUUUUGAUUGAAUUUAGAGAACGUAGAAGGAAAAAAGAGAAGGAGAGAGAGAGAGAGAGAGAGUGGGAUAUGGUGGGAUGAGGUGGAGAUGGCGAGAGGCGUGAAAUGGGGAUGCUCGUAUAAGAGAACGACUCUUAUAGUUUGCUUCAUCAAUAUUGUUGUUGCUCUUUAUGUUCUUCGCUCUCUCUACGGUUCACUGUAUAUUUACUCCAAUAAUGAUUUAGAUAAUGUUGUAAAGUAUACGCCGGAUCAGAUUAGUAAGAUGGAGGAAUCAAUUCGGAUUCGAAGAGCGAAUGAACCUGUGCAGCUUGUUAAAGUGGUGAAGGAACUCAAGAACGAGCUUAAGAAAUAUGAGAAGAUGGUUGAAUUACCCUUGGAAAUCAAAGAGAGGAUAACAGAGGAGAUUUUGCUGCGGUUGAGAAGCUUGAACGCAAAUGCCAAUAUUACUGAGCAGCGAGAAGCAGUAGAAAGAUGGCGCAGAGAAAAACUGCAUGAAGUUGAACAGUUGACUAAUGGAACAUGGGGACUGAAUUCAACUAUUCUGCAAGAGGAAGCUGGGCCGCUGGUGAGAGCCUUGGAGUCUGAUUGGGCAAUGCUGUUGGAGAACAUUGGCCUUUGGAUACCUGCUGAGAUUGUUAACCAGGAACACGAUGAUAAACCUGAGGGCGAGGAAGAUCCUGAUGAAGAUAUUUUGCCUGGCAGGCCACUCCCACCAGAAUGCCGUGCUGAGCUUCAUACAGACUAUGAUGGUGCUGCUGUCAGAUGGGGCCUUACCCACCAUAAAGAAAGUGCAGCCGACUGCUGUCAAGCUUGCUUAGAUCAGGCAAAACGUGCAAAGCCAGGUGAAAAGAAAUGCAACAUAUGGGUCUAUUGCCCAUCUGAGACAGGAUGCUAUUCACCAGAUAUAUAUGUGCAUAAGAACCAGGAAUGCUGGCUGAAAUAUGCCGAAAAGCCUAGACUGAAUUUUAAGGACAGGUAUUCUGAAUCAUAUAGAAACUCCCACCCAAAUGCACCACUGAUUGUUCCCUGGGUCUCUGGUGUUGUUAGUGCAUGAUUGGAUUUUAACACUGAAAUGGUGAUCAAUGUUAAAGCAACUCGAGCUGCAAGCUCUAUGUUCUCAGAAUUUUGCAAAGAUAUGAUUUUGGUUCUGCUUACUUCUGUAUCUGGCGAAUUUUGACUUUCAAAACAUCUUUUCAUUUCCCUUUUCACUUUGGAUUUUGAGAAAAGAGAAUAGUAGAGGAGUUGGAUUCCUCGUCCAUUUAUCAGAAGCAUUCUUGUAACAUGUGAUAUGGCAGUCUUGCUCCUGGUGAUCCUGAAAGUAGGGAAAUCGGGUGCUUACCUCUUUUACAAUUAACACGAAGGAAGGAAGAUUCAGAAUGGAUUAGCCUAAAAAGAUUGGUUGGUGUUAGGAGCUAGGUGGGGUGGGCAAAUUGAUUAUUUUUUUUAAUGAGUUACAGAUAUUUGUAAGCAAUUAAGAACUGCCUAUUGCAAAUUCGUUCUCUCUAAAAUUGAAAUGAUGACUUUUGCUUGGACCA